CGAAUUUCCUAAACCAAACUUGUUUGUUAGAAGAAAGAAAAGAGAAGAAAUAGAACCCCAAUUUUCGUCUGGAAAUUAGGGUUUGGAUUUCGUGAGUAAAAAUGUCACAGCAGAAUGGGAAAUUGAUGCCAAAUCUGGAUCAGCAGAGUACUAAAGUCCUUAAUCUCACUGUACUUCAAAGAAUUGAUCCUUUCGUCGAAGAAAUUUUAAUCACAGCUGCACACGUUACCUUUUACGAGUUCAAUAUAGACCUCAAUCAAUGGAGUCGAAAGGAUGUGGAAGGAUCUCUAUUUGUUGUCAAAAGGAACGCACAACCUCGUUUCCAGUUCAUCGUAAUGAAUCGACGCAAUACAGAUAAUCUGGUAGAGGAUCUAUUAGGAGAUUUUGAGUAUGAAAUUCAGGUUCCAUAUUUGUUAUAUCGAAAUCCGUCUCAAGAAGUGAAUGGUAUCUGGUUUUACAAUGCCCGUGAAUGUGAAGAUGUUGCAAAUCUCUUUAGUAGGAUACUAAGUGCAUACUCUAGAGUUCCUUCAAAGCCACAAGCACCUUUAAUUAAAAGUGAGUUUGAGGAAUUGGAAGCAGUCCCUUCUAUGGCGGUGAUGGAGGGUCCACUUGAGCCAUCAUCAUCAAAUGCUUCUGUCAUGAAUGAAGUUCCUGAUACUUCUUCGUUUGUGAACUUUUUCAGUGCUGCUAUGAACCUCGGGAAUCCUUCGAAUGCAGCAAACGCAGGGCAACCUCAGCCUCCUACUGCAAGGAUUCCUUUGUCUUCUCAUGCUCCCAGUGUUGUACCUUCAUCAGUUCCAACCCAGCAAAUACCAUCUUAUAUCCCACAUUCACCCUCUCCCCCACUGCCUUCAUAUGAUUCCCUUGAGUCUAGUAACAGCAACAACCCUGCUGCCAAUCUUCUGACGCCUUUGUUUUUUGUACCCUCUCCUUCCCCAUCCACAUUGAUGGCUCCACAAAUCUCAUCUACUGUACCCAAUGCUCCUCCUCUUCAUCCUCCCGUGAAUCUGCAACGUCCUUAUGGAACUCCGCUACUCCAACCCUUUCCACCCCCUACUCCAUCUCUGUCUCUUACACCUGCUCCUUCUGCAACUCCUAUUCCAAACUUUGGACCAUUCCUUACCAGAGAAAAAGUUCGAGAUGCACUUCUGAGGAUAUUUCAGAAAGACGAGUUUAUCGACAUGUUCUACCAAGAGUUGCUGAACACCCAAAACUACUCGUGACUGAACUAAAAGAUGCAGCAGCAGCAGUUCCCAUUUCUCUUAUAUAUUAAUGUAGUUUUGAAAUCCAUCUGAAGCACUCAUCUCUCAAGUCUGAGACCGUGUUUUGUAUAGCUUUUUGCUCUAUGUCGUUGUUGUUGGUUUUAUACACAAUCUUUGGUUACUGAAAUAUAUUGAUUUCAAUUUCCUAGUUCAAUUCAAAAAAAAAUUUGUCACUUACUCUUAA